GGCGUCGAGAGGUCGCGCUGCCCGUCGGGACCGUGGCGGACCCGUGCACGUUCGUCAGUGUAGGUUACUUGGGAAAGGUUUGUGUUCCUGUUGUACGGUCCGUUCCGGAAUGCCCUUUGACGUAGAGACGGUAGAAAAAACGAACCGGUUAUCAGGAGGAGCUCGUUGGGGCGGUUCGGUAAACGUAUAAUAGCGGCGUCAGCAGUUGCCUCGCCGAUCCCCACCCCCUCUCUCUUUCGGUGUAGAUUUCGUGCCGAAACAAAAUCGCAGAAUACCGAAGUUAAGUGUGCGGUGCAUUCGCUCGGUGUGAGGCGCGGAAACGGGGCGGCCGAGCGGAGGAUACCGGAGAACUGCGGCGGAGCGGAGCGCCAGGAGCGGCCCAUGAGUUCGGAGCAACAGCAGGCGGAGCCUAAGCCGGGAUCAGACGCCCGAGGAGAAGAAGAGAAGACAGCGGACAGGGAGCAGGGCGGCAUGGUGACCUCCAAAGGUGCAGGCCUGAACCCAAAUGCAAAAGUGUGGCAGGAGAUUCCAGCAACCCCCAGCGAAGCCCUUGCUGACAGCACUGAAGGUUCACAUUGGCCCCAGGCAGCCCCUUCCAUGGCUGCCAUCCCCCACGGUGAGCAGGGUUAUUCAGAGGCAUCUACUUCUGGGUGUAAACCUUACACCCUGGGAUUCACUGGCUUUGCAGAUGGCAGCCCUGCAGCACCUGCCGAAUGUGCCAUAAAUGGCUUGGAGCCCCCUGACGCGCCGUUUCGCAUGGGGGGUGGUACCACAGUUGCCACAGUUGAAGAGGAGUUGCUGGAAGAGCAUCCCAUUUCCACAGAGAGCUUACGCGAAUCCCUCAAGAAGCAGCUGGAAUUCUGCUUCUCUAGAGAGAACCUGUCGAAGGACUUGUACCUGAUGUCUCAAAUGGAUAGUGACCAGUUUGUUCCUAUCUGGACCAUUGCAAACAUGGAAGGAAUCAAGGUUCUCACCACAGACAUGGACCUCAUAUUAGAUGUGUUAAGAUCUUCUCCAAUGGUACAAGUAGAUGAGAAGGGGGAGAAAGUGCGUCCCAACCAUAAACGCUGCAUCAUCAUCCUAAGAGAGGUGCCUGAAACUACUCCAGUCGAGGAGGUGGAGGCGCUGUUUAAAAGUGAAAACUGUCCGAAGGUAAUAAGUGUGGAAUUUGCACACAACAACAACUGGUACAUCACGUUCCAGUCUGACACUGAUGCCCAACAGGCCUACCGGUUUUUAAGGGAAGAAGUGAAAACAUUUCAGGGAAAGCCAAUCAUGGCGAGAAUAAAGGCCAUCAACACUUUCUUUGCUAAGAAUGGAUACCGCAGCCUGGACUCCAGUGUAUAUUCCCAGCAGUCCCAAUCACAGUCCCAGUACAGCUCCCCACUCUUCAUGCAGCAGGUCUACAGUCCCCAACAGCAGUACCCAAUCUAUGGCAUUCCCCCAACCUGGACUCCAUCCCCGGCACCAUAUUUUGAAACUCCGCUGGCACCCUUCCCCAACAGCAGUUUUGUCAAUGGGUUCAGCUCACAUGGGCAUUACAAGACUGCCUCCAGUGCUCUCAACAUUGGACGCACCUUCCCCAGAAGCCGUGUUCCCCUCUAUUCAAGAAAGAAUGAAAUAAGUGCCUUCAGGAACCAUGUGAAGCCUCAGACCAGGGUCAGUGAUGGACUGCCUUCUGCUAUCAACCCCAUUCCUCUUGUGGAGGGAAUCUCAGGGUCUCGUAGCCCCCAGCCUAUACUGGGAUCUUCAGAGCUCAGAGACGUCCAUCUCUCUCCUUCAGAUCUAAGCGAGGACAGUAGCGUAGCUGGCCGUGGCAGGAGGAGCUCGUAUAGAGGGACUCGGCGGAGGAGAGAUGAUGACCGGACGGUGAGACCUGUGACAGAGGUUAAGGUGUCACCACCCAAGUUUGACCUAGCAGCUUCUAACUUCCCACCAUUGCCUGGAGCUGUGGUCAGUGUCCAGGGGGAGCCUGUGCUGGAGAACCGCAUGUCAGAUGUAGUACGCGGGCUGAACAGAGAAAAGCAGGAUGUCAGCAAGGAACCAGCUGUAAGCUCUACCACAGUUCCAGAGGAGGCGGUUUGUGUCUCCAGCCCUGUCCAGGCUACCCGCAGAGAUGUCCCACAAUCUAUGGAGCCUCCCGUUACAAAUGUGAACUGUCCGGAGAAAAAGAUGGAGCAACCUGACCCCACCGUCCAGAAAGAAGCUCACCCUGCUCCCACAGCUGCUCUCUCUCCACUCAGCAACACGCAGCCCUCCCCCAGCACGCAGCCUUCCCCACGCAGCUCAACAGCUCCGCUUGCCGUCACAAGCAUGCCAGCCCCACCCAGCAACACUACACCUGAGCCCCGGAAGCUAAGCUAUGCAGAGGUAUGCCAGCGACCGCCCAAGGACCCACCUGCUCUACCACCAGCUGCAGCUGCUGCUACACAGCCUCUGCGUGAGCUUCCAGUGAACAAGGCGGAGGAACCUGUCUCCUGUGAUAGGCAGGAAAAGCCCUUCCUAGAACGAGGCGGGGAGGGCAAGGCCAACGAGAGCCGGUCGUUCCGUGAUUCACAGGGAUCCUACAGAGGCCACGGAGGCUUCAAGGUCCGCGAUCAGAGACGCCCACCGCUAGCACGCCGAAAUUCUCCACAAGGCGGCCUUAGACAUGCUGGCAAGGAGCAAAACAUCCCCCCUAGAUUGCCAAAGUGAAAUUACAGAACUCUGUUGAAUUAAUGGGGGGGAAAGAGGGGGUGUAUUAUAUGUAUAAAUAUAAAAAUGAAUAUAUAUAAACAGAUUUUAAAGGCAUCCUUCAAGGUUAGCCCCCUCUGUCCCCCAUGAAUGUGCUGAGACUUGGGUUGCAAAGUGACUGUCAGUAGAUUUGGAUUUUCAGCAGGAGUGUGCCACAGGCCCUGAGGGCUACUUCAAGGACUUGUGCUCUUCUGCUGAGCUGUGUGGUUCCUUUUCCACUUUUCAUGUAGUCAAGGGGGAAGUUGGAACAAGAAGAGGGGCAAAAAAUGUGUCCUUUAUCAUUCACUUAAAAACACAUGGCUUGGAUGGUGUAAACAACAUGCAUAGAGAAUAUCACCUUUAUAUGUGAUGCAUAUUCUGCAAUGCAGUUUCUGUGUUACAAUUAAGUUGCAGGGAAAAGGACAUAAGUUGUAAAAUUGAACCAUAGAUCAUAGUGAAAGAUCGAAGUUUGCAGUAAGUGAUUUUGUUUUUUAAGCUUCCUCUGUGAGGGAAGGGGGUUGUCUUGUAUUGUUUAGCACAACAGUCUGCUGCAGUAAGUUUUAGUUUGGGUAAAAUGGUUUCAGCUGGCCUUGUCCAAUUUUGGUUCUAGCCAUUAAGUCAGUGGAUCAGUAAGUCACUGAGAUAUCAGUUCUUGCUUCAUGUUGUCCACUGAAACAUUUAUGUUUUGAAAGGAGGUCUUGUUCUACCUUGUAUCUGGUCUAAUCCUGUUGCAGAAGUCGAAUGUUUUCAGUUGACUUAAACAUCCCUGCAUUCAGAGUUAUAUAACCAAGGAUUAUUUUGGUUUAUUAGAUGGGGCAGCAUUUCAGGACUAAUGCAAGCUAUUCAACUAAAUGCUGUCUUAUAAACAUUAUUUUAUACUUUGCAUUGUUUGCAGAAUAUUUUGAACUUUCAGUCUGAGUGGAUGGCUCAGGUGUGCGUGCGUGUGAGAAAGACCAAGCCAGCUGGUCUGUGUCUGGCCUACAGGGGUUUCAGUGUUGGAUUUAUGACUUUUUUUUUUUUUUUUUUUUUUUUUUGAAAGAACAUAGUGUUUAAGCCUAUAUUCUUGAUUGUGAUUAAUAUCCACUAACAUGUUAGUCACUUCAAAAGAUACAUUUCAAACAAGCAUGAGACAACCAUUGACUUGCAUUGAAAAAUAGCAUAUCCAAUAACUUAAUCCACAAGCGAAGGAGAGGAAAUGUGAAGUAUUGGAGGAAAUUUACAUUUUAUGUCCACUUUGCUUUAACUUCCUUUUGGCCACUUACCAUUUUCAGUAAAGUACUGUGUCUGCACUCAUCAGAGUGUUGAAUUGGCACUUGCAUCCUUUGAGAUGCUUAAUGAUGUUUUUCCCUUCUCCUUGGGCAUUGCUGUAGUGUGACUGACUACUUCAGAGAUCUCAUAUGGUUGCACAGGUUGUGUGUAUAUAUUAGCUGUAAGUAUUUAAAUAAUUCUAAUACAUUGUCUCCAAGUUAUACACCAGUCUGGUCAUGAUAAUUAAGUUUAUUAUAAAGUGGUCCAUUUUAUGGUCCAUUUAAAAACCUGACCAAACUGUUUGCCUGUCCUGCCCUGAGACUAGUUUGACAUUUACCCUCUAGAUGUGUCUGUCUGUGUGCAAGUGUAGGGGAGGGAAGUAGUGGAGGGGUUCAAUUGUCUGUUUUGCUUUGUUCUAGCCUGCCUGUUGAUGGAAUGUGUAUUCAUAUAUUUUAGCUACAACUUUCAACUUUGAAUGCUUUUGAUUUGGGAUCCUCCCUCUUUAGAACGUUUUCUCAUUUUUGCAUAUGAUUGUACAAGCUGUAAAGAUGUUUUCCUGAGUAAAAGUCCAAAAAGUUGAGUUU